UCAUAUAACCACAUUCCCUCACUCUCUUUCUUUUUCAUUCUCUUUCUCCUCUCACUCACUCACCAUUGCCACUAAUGAGAACUCUUCACUACUACACUUCAACCCUCAUUAGACCACAGUGCACAACCCUCGUUCAAACCACCAAACCCGUGCAAAAGAUGGAGAAAAUGAUGAACAUGCCCCAGUUGCAAUCAUCAUCCUUAUCGUCGUCGCCACCAUUGUCGAAGAAAGUUGGGAAGAGAUGGAAAGAGUACCAAGGAAUGAACAAUUGGGACGGUUUAUUGGACCCAUUGGACGAGAACCUUCGCGCUGAGAUUCUCCGCUAUGGCCAUUUCGUCGAGGCUGCGUAUAAGUCCUUCGAAUUCGACCCUUCUUCUCCAAACUACGCCACAUGCAAGUUCCAAAAGAACACCCUCUUCGAACAGUGUGGGUUACGCAACACAGGUUACAAGGUAACAAAACACCUACGUGCAACCUCGGGGAUCAAAUUACCUAGCUGGGUAGCAACACAAUCGAGCUACGUUGGGUACGUAGCAGUGUGUAACGACAAAGAAGAGAUCAAACGAUUGGGUCGAAGAGACAUUGUUGUUGCCUUUAGAGGAACGGCAACGUGUUUAGAAUGGCUCGAGAAUCUUCGAGCCACUUUGACACAUGUUUCUGUUCCAUCUGUUGCAACAGGGAUCACAGCAGACCCAUGCAGCAUGGAUGGAAAUGGAGCAAUGGUGGAAAGUGGGUUCUUGAGUUUGUACACGUCAGCAGGUAGUAGCAAACAAUCAUUUACGAGUUUGCAAGAUAUGGUGAGGAAAGAGAUUGGUCGGAUUCUUAAAACUUACGAAGGAGAGAAUUUGAGUUUGACGAUAACGGGGCAUAGUUUGGGAGCGGCAUUGGCCACUCUCACGGCAUAUGACAUAAAGAACAGUUUCAUUCGGCAGCCGCCGGUAACGGUGAUCUCCUUUGGCGGUCCACGGGUUGGGAACCCAAGCUUCCGGCGGCAGCUGGAGGAAACUGGGAUCAAGCUGUUGCGCAUAGUGAACUCCGAUGAUGUUAUAACCAAGGUGCCCGGGUUUGUGUUCGAUGACGUGGACAAAACUGACGAUGAUGUGGCAUGCAAUGGAGGUGCCCACGUGGUUCAGAGGUGGAUUCGAAAGCGAGCGGAAGAGGUACAGUGGCUAUUGUACUCUGAGGUUGGAAAGGAGCUACGCCUCUGUAGCAGGGAUUCUCCGUACCUCAGGGGUGUCAACAUUGCCACCUGCCACGAUUUGAACACCUACUUGCACCUUGUUGACGGCUUUGUCAGUUCCACUUGUCCCUUUAGAGCCACUGCCAAGAGAUUCCUUCAGCAUUGAGUUUCCUGAAUUUUGAAAAGAAUAGAAAAAAAAAAAGUGAGAAAGUAAAAUGUGUUUAUUGGUGGUUUAAUUUGUCUUAAAUCAACGAUAAAUCUGUUUUCUUUUAUCACUUUUUUCAUCUUAAAAGAAUGAGUUUGUAAAUACCAGCGCAAAUCUUAACAUGGAAAGAAUCAUGAGAAAAAGAGAAAGAGCCCCGGAAAUUAGUUACUUGUAAUUAUGUGAAAAAUUAGUGUUUGGUUUGUCACUUUUGAUAUAACAUGGCUUUAUUUUUUUUUGGAUUGUACUAUUCAAUGACUUUUUAUUUUUUAUUUUUUAUGCAUAUUCUUAUGCUUCUGUCCUUUAAUUAUAUUAUGGCCACGGAACUUAUUACCAGCAACUGAUUGAAGAAAAUUCUA